AUGGUUAAGCGCAAAUCUGUCCCUCCCCAGAGUGCUAAUGCCUCGAAGAAGAAACGCACUUCCGGGCGCCCCAAAGCCGCUACGCCCGCGCGAGUCUCUUGGGACGACGAAAAGCGACUGGCCCUGCUCCUGGAGAUGGCCUUUCUAGAGGAUAUCCACCUCUCAGAAGCAAAAUGGCACGUCAUCGCGAACAAACUCGGUACAACUUGGAAUGCCGCUCGGCUGCAGUACGGUGCGCUGAUGGGAAAGCGCUUUCCAUGUUGGAAACGUGGUUCCAAGCUAUCGACCAACUCGACCAGGACUGAUGGGUCUGUGGACGUUGGCGUUCAGGCCGGAGAAGUCGCCUCAGCCGGCGGCUCUGCAGCUGUAUCUGCCGACGUCGAGACACCUAUGCUUGAUGACGAUGACGAUGAUGAGUGGGAGGAUUGCCCGCCUGCAGACGACGAUCUCGAGCCCGGAAAAUCUGCCGACACUUAAGUCGGUCGCGUUGGUUGGGGUUUCGUAGCAUGCAUGUUACUCAGUCGAUUGCUGCCAUUCUCUAGUCUUAUUGGAACUACUUUCU